ACAGCUGGCGUCGCGAUGCGUCAGUAUUAAAUAAAAUGUCGUGUUGUGAUCACUGUUAGUUUGUUCAACGUUUAUAAAAACAAGAUAUAAAUUUUUUAUUUAGUUAUUAUUUUAAUUUAAACUAUAACUGAAUAUACAAUAAUUAUAAAUAUAUAAACAAAGAAAUAUCUAACAGACAUUUAAAUUUAAUAACAAAAACUGUCAAGUUUAUUUUAUAAAUUAAUAUAAAUAACUGACAGUAUUAAAUAAAAAAAAAACAAAUAUAUAUAUAUACAUAUACAUAUAUAUAUAUGUAUUACGGUUUUUAAUAUACACAAGUGAUCACAUAUAUAGAUAUAUGUGUGUAUAUAAAAUAUAGUUAGAUAGAAAAUCGUGAUUUUCUUUGUUCGCUGUCUUGCGCAUUCAUUUUUGUUACAACGCGCAGUCUUUGUUCUCAUUUAUUAUUUUAAUAAUAAUAUAUAUAAAUAUAAAUAUAUAUUAGUUUUUACGUUAAUUAAAUAUAUAUAAAAACAAACAAGUGGAAUUAAAUAUAAUUUAAUAAUUUGUAUCAAUAGAUAAAUAUAUAUUGAUAUAGAUAAAUAAUAAAUUUAAAAAUAAUUAAAAACGCAAGUGCUUUGUUUUGAAGAACCAGCUGAUUGACAGAUUAAAGAUUUUUUAAAAAACUUGGGAAUGAAUGUAAAUUGAAAGUUAUUAUUUAUGAUAAAUUUUCAUUACCUUCAUAAUUACUAAUUAACGUAAUUUAUAUGGUUGAUUAUAAUUAAUCAUAAUAAAAAUAAUAAUAGUUGUUUGUGAAUCUAUGAUAAAAAACAGAUUAAACGGGGCCGUCCUCGCAAAUUGUGAGAUACGUGGGGUACGGCCCCAAAGCUGACUACUGGGGUUACUAAGGGACAUAUUUUAUGUCUCUAAUUUAAUUACAAAUAAUAAUAAAUAAGUACACAAGUAAAGAGAAGAAGAGAAUAAAUAAAUAAAAUUUUGAUGGAGUUUUUGGAGUUGGAGCUGAAAUUGGAGUCGACUUUGAAUUUAUGAAAAAAAUUAUCGAAUUUUAAAACUGGGGAAUUUAAAUUUAUGGAUGCACCCUAAAUGUGAUAUAAAUUUAUAUUUAAAAUUCAAGUUAUUGGAUAUUUUUGAUAAAUUGUUAGUCUUUUUUUUCACUCUUUGGUAGCUGAGUUUUUUACAAAUUUUGUUUUGGAUUAAAUAAAUUUUGGUGAAGAAGAUUUAAUUUAAGUGAAUUUCGAAAAUGUUGUAUGUAUUUCAUGUUGAUACUGGUGCUACGUUAACCUUUGACAUCAAAUUAGCACUUCAAACUGUCGGUGAGCUGAAGGAAGCGAUUGAACGAGAAUGUGGGGUUUUAGCAAUACACCAAGUGUUACUGAUGAGCGGUGGCGAGAGUUUAGAUAAUCAUGCACGAGUUUGCUCAUACUCUGCUGGCACAGACACAAAUCCCAUUUAUUUGUUCAGCAAAGCAUCUAUCGAAAGUCAAGUACCACCUAUUCCCCACACUGAUUACAGUACAGAUGUCGAUUUAGUAGAUCAAAUAAAUGCUUCCUUAUCUAUGCCUGCGACCUAUGCAACAUUAGUAGCACGUGCCCAAUUAGCCCAACAAUGUUGUGCAAUAGCCCGUGAACAAACACGAACAUGUGAACGACUAGUUCAUGAUCAACAUCUCCAACAACAAGGAUGGGCAGCAGUAGUAGCUAAUUUAGAAGAUAUAACUCACAUGUUCAAUUCAAAAACUGAUUUAUUGCAUCAAUCAUUUACCCAAUAUUUAGAAGAACGUCACCAAUACAUUGAUGUGCUUACUAAUUUUCAUAGUGACUUGGAAACUCUAUCAAAGAUACCGAUUUUACCGGCAUUGAGAGCUCAAGCCGAGGGUUACUAUGAUGCAGAUGACACCGAGGACUACAUGCAACAAAAUAACUGUGAGUUAAUGAGUUUAUUACGUUGGAUAUCUGUUAAAGACAAUCAGAGCAACAUAGAACUAGUUGCUGAACAAUGUUCACGUGGGCUUGAACAAUUUGAUGAACGAAUGAUGGAAGCGCUUCAGAGUGAAGUUAAUAUGGCUAUUGAUGCUGCAAAUAAACCCGAAAUGAAGGAAAUCAAGGGUUUGGGUGAACGUUUAUUUGCAUUGGAGCAAUUAAUGGCACAGACUAAACGUUUAGUACAAGAACAAGGGGAAUUGGCACAGGGAUUUCAUCAAAAUCAAACACGUGCUAAUAAUUUGGGCGAUGCUAGUGUGUUACCGGAUUUGUGUGCAAGCCAUCGUAAGCAAUUGGCGGUUAUGAUGGAAAAUCAUAGCCAAUUAAGAGAUAUUCGUAGGAGGUGUACACGAGCUAAAGAAGAAUUAUCAGUAAACAUAUAUCAACGAUUAAAAUGGAUAAUGUAUGUUGAAAAUAAAAUGCUAGAAGUUGAUGGUAAAUUAGUUAUGUACCACGAAAAUUUAAAACGAUUACGUCGUCAUUUGGACGUUCUUCAGCAAAUACAUACAGCACCACAAAUGUAUAUGGACGCUGUCAGUGAAGUUGUUAGAAGACGUACAUUUUCACAAGCAUUUUUGGUGUGGGCGAGUGAUCUUGCUUGUCAAUUAUUAACAGUACACAAUGAGGAAAUUAAUAGACGUAGAGAAUUUCAGAGUAAAUUCGAGGGACAUUUUUUGAACACCCUGUUUCCGGGUUUGGAGGACCUUCCACCUAGUUUCGCUACCCAAGCCCCGACUGUUUUCGAUAAUGGAUUGCCUAAGUUGACUGCGGAAGAUAUGGAAUCACUUAAAAUUCAAUUACCCGAUCUCACGGAUUCCAUUUCAACGGCCGAUUUAAAUAGCAUAACACAAUUUUUUUUAUCAAAGAGUCUUACUUCAGUAACGAGUAGUGAUGUUAAUAAUAUUAAUAAAAUAAUAAAAGAAGAUGAUAGUACAACUUCAAUGCCUGUUGAUGUAUCGUCUACUAAAGAGACCAGCGAUCGAAUAUCUCACAGAGUUGGUUUUGAAUCUGAAACAGACACAGACGAAUUUGAAAAAAUAAGCCAACAAAAUGUCGUGACAGAUUCAACAUCCUCGGCAACAAAACAACAACAGCAACAGCAACAACAACAAGAAAGAGUUAAUACCUACGAGAAUAAAUUAAUGAUGCCGAAUAAACAAUUGGAGGAGGACCAGGAGCUGGAGCAAGUACAAUUACAACAGCAAGUACAAAUAUGUAGACAAAUAGACAGUGGUGGAAGUAGUCCAUUUGCUGAUCCAAGCAUAAAUAAUGAUUUUAUGAAUGCGGAAUUUUAUAUCGAUGAAUCUUUGCCGAGCAGCCUCAGUGAACAUCAAAAUGAUGAUGGACAUGCUAUUGUUUCUCUUCUUCAGGAAAAUUUGGGUAACACACGCAGUGAAGUAGAACGUUUACGUACAAUAUUAAGUACCCUAAAAUUAGCAAUGAAUGACGCAAUAGUGACAUUUAAAAGUGAAUUAAAUUUAUUACGUGAAAAAGUAAACACUGAUAAAAAUGGUAUGAUCAACGUUAGCGAACGUAUUAAUGAUGCAUUAAUUUUACAUUCACAUGAAUGUGAACGCAUAUUGCGUGAACGUGAGCAAGAAUUGACAGUUGAUCAUGAAUUAGAAUUAGCGGACGCUAAAAAGUUAAUUCAAUCACGUGAUGAAGAAAUACGUAAUUUAAAGUCAACAAUAGUCGCUAAGGAAAGAGAGUUUGGUGAACAACAGCGUUUGCUAACAGCUCAACUAAUGCGUCAAAAAUUGGAUUUCCAGCAAGAAGAAAUUUGUAAUUUGCAAAAACGAUAUCAAAGUCAAUUGAAUGAAGCAUUGGAACAGGCUAGAUUAGACAAAGAUAAUGCAUUGGCACAAGCACGCGAGGCUAGUUUAAUUGAAAUGAAUUCACUGACGUUACAGCUUGAGGAGAGCCAUAAAAAAAUACGUGAAUUGGAAGAUACAUUGGCUACAACACGUGCCGAUCAGUCAAAAUUAAUUAAAGAGACAACUGAUAAAUUACAAGCUGAAUUUAAAACUGAAAUUGAAACCAUAAGAGGCCGAUUUAAAUUAAUGGCUGCUUCAACUGUUAUGGAACGUAGUCCAAGUGAUUCAAGUCUUGAAAAAAUUGAGCGUCCCGAUGUAAUAGAAUUAUCGAACCACGAAUCGAUUCUCGCGCAAACAAGAGAAAAUCUCGAGUCAGAAAAAGCCGAAGCAGUUCGUCAAGCUCUAGUGAAAGAAACUUCUGAUUUUGAAGCUAAAUUACAAUACGCACUUGCAAUGUCAACUAAAAAAUUAACAUCUGAGUUAGAAUCACAGCGAUUACGUGAAACAGCUCUAGUUGAUGAAUGCCGUCAGUAUCAAGAAAUAAUCCGACGUCUUACUGAAGACGAUUGUUCAACUCAUCAAGCUUUCAAAGAGAAAUUAAAAAGUCUCGAGGCUGAAAAAUAUCAUUUGGAAAACAAAAUGUCUGCGGACCGUAAAAUUUUGAAACAACGGGAAUCACAAUUGCAUGAAUUGGAACUAGAACGCGAUGAAUUACGUCAGGAAUUAAAUGACGAGCGUUUGAAAAUGAGCCAAAGUGGUUCCGGUGGUUCGAAUACUGGAGUCAUAAGCGGAAAUACAAGUAGUGGAAUUGUUGAUACUCUAAAAACAUUACUGUCAAGUAGCAAAGAUGAUAUCGACGUAUCGGAGUCUAAAAAAGUACGACUAGAAUCAAUAGAUGACACGGAAUCACUCAUAAGAAGAUUAGAAAUACUUGAAGUUGACAAUAAACGUCUCAGUGUUGAAUUAAAAGCAUCAAGAGAAAGCCGUGAAUCAAUAGAAGCACGUGUUGAUGCAUUGGAAGCAGACAAAGUUAGAUUAGAAAUAGAACUUGUUAAAGAAAGGGCUCUACGUGGUGGCUAUAGUGGAAGAAAUACUGGCGGUGGGGGCGGAAGUGGAGGCGGUGUAAGUGACAGUGGUAUGGCAUCAUCUAUUGAGUCACGUGACAAAGAUAUGAUUGCUUCAGUGGCUGUUGUUACAGAAACGAAUGACGAUACUGGAGCUGUUAGAGGAUUAUUUCGUGAAAAACUUAUUAAAAGUACCAACAGUUUGCUAAGCCAAUUUUCAAUAAGUUUACACACUUGUAAUCCUGGCGAUUGCGUUGUUGUACUGUGGGAUACUGUACACACUAGUUACAUUGUACUACAGGAAUCAAGGACAAUGUAUUUUCUACAUUCUGAUUGUGUGGAUCUUUUGGAAUUAAAAACUGGGCCUGAUGGAUUGCCAAGACAAAUUUAUGUUAUUGGAGAGGUCAUUGAUAAGCAGUAUUGUCACGCCAAAAAGACGGAAAAUCGUUACCACGUGCCUCAAGGUACAAAAUUUUACCGUGUAAGAGUAAAACCACUGCAACGAGAUUGCACUUUACUAGCUUCAUCGUCCGAUAAAAGUCAGCAGUAAUUAUUUUAUAAAUUUUCACAAUUAAAAAAAAAUUAAGCUUUACUAACAAGACAAAUUAAUAAUAAAUUAUUAAAACUCCAAGUUGAUCUAAAUUUAAAAAUUUUUUAAACUUAAAAUAAACAAUUAAGAAAAUUACUUUUAAUUUUAUUGUGAAAUAAAUUCUGCUGUGAUCGACUGAGCUCGUAUCAUUAUUUGAAUUUUUUUUCCAUUUCUAUAAUUAAUUAUAAAAAUUAUUAUUAAUUAAUAAUGAUACGAGAUAAAAAACAUAAUAAAAUAUGUUGGCGUUAAUGUGAUAUUGUCGAUUAUGGAUAAGGUGUGUGGAUUUAGCUGUGACUGCGUGAUAAAUUAAGAAAAAAAAAAAUAGAAAAAAAAAAUAAUUAAAUAAACAAAACAAAAAAAAAUUAAUUUAUAAUAAAAAUAGUAAUUAAAAAACUUUAGAAACUUAUGAUUUGAAAAUUCAUUAAUUAAAAGAAAUAUUAAUCAAUUUUUUAAAAUUAGAAUUUUUUUUCGCUUAAAAUGAUAGAAUAUCAAAAAUCAUUCUUUUUUUUUUUUCGUUUUAUUUUAUUGGAUUAUCAAGUAAUUAAUUUUUAAUUAAUGCACCGUGAAGAUAAUACGUGUUGAAAAUUAAUCGUUAAUUAAUUAACAUGUUAAUUGGUAAUUAUUACGAUUAUUUAAUUAAUAUCGUAAAAUAGUUAUCAACAAAAUAUUAAAGGCAUGCAAUAUAUCAAUAGCCGAUAUAUAAUUUAGAAAAAAAAUUAAUUAACCUCAUUAAUUAUUAUAACUUAUUAAACUUUUUUUUUUACUUAUUAAUAAUUAGUCCUAACGGAAAGUUAAAUUAAGGGAAGAAAAGCAUUGAUGCUGUUAAAUUACAAAAAUAGUUUUUUUUUUAGUUUGUAAAAUUUUUUUCAAAUAUUUUGAUACGUAACAAAAAUAUGACGGAAUUUUAGGAAUUAAAUUAAUGAAUUUUUAUAGUUUUAACUACUUAGUAUUAAUUAAUUAAUAGAAAAAAAAAAUAAUAAUCAAAGUUUGAUAAAAAAAGAAAAAUGAAAAAAAAAUUUAUAUUGAAAAAUAUUCAAUAAAUUUUAAUUAAUUAAAUAUGAUAAGAGAAUAGAGCUGAUAUUAUUUAAUUUUUUAUUUUGGAUAAAAAAUUUCUUAAGGCUAAAUUUUUUCACUUUAGUAUAUAAACUCAUGCGUCACAUAAUUGAUAAAAAAAAUGAUUUGUUGUCUAAUAGUUCACAAUAAUCAACAUUAGAUAUAUUUAUCUUGAUAAUUUAUUAUUUGAAUAUGAAAUUUGGUUAAAAAAAUACUAUUAUUUUUUAGAGAUUUAUAUCGGCUAAAUAUUUAUCAUAAUAUUUAAAUACGUAAUUUUAAUAUAUAUAAUUGUUUUUUUAAAUUAUAAAGUAAUGAGCGGUCACUACUUUAUUGUUUAUUUAAACAAUUAUUUAUUACGUAAUAAAAUAAUAAAUAAAAUGGUACAUUAAUUAGAAAAAAAUAUUUAAUUAGAUUAUUAUUUGCACACCAGUGUCUAGUAUGAACGUAAAAGGUGUGUAAUUAUUAACGAGGGUUAAGGUUAUUUUGUAUACUUGCAUAAUUAAUAUAUGAAAGGUGUGUAAUUAUAUAUUUAUUAUUUAGAAAACGCGGUUGUUUUUAGUGUAAACGUAAAUUAUAGAAUGUGCAGCUGGAAGUUUAUAUAUAUUUAUUUGCACACCGUUUAUGUAAUUAAUAUAGAGGGUGUGCAAUUUUAAUUCACGAUUAAUUAAUUUUGAUAUUUUUUUUAAAGAAUAACUGGUGUGAAAUUAAAAUUAUGUAAUAGUUUAACUACUUGCACACCUUAAAAUAAUUUUGGUUAACAUGGUGUGCAUUUUUAAUUAUUACUGAAUUUAUUUCGAAACCUAUUUGUAUUUUAUCAUCGUAAGAAAGUAGAGUGUGAAAAUUUCGUCUUGGAUAAAUUUAUUUGCACACCGUGUGUUUAUUCAAUAUUUAGGGUGUGCAAAUUUAAUUAAUUUGGUUUCUUUUCUUAUUAUAGAUCCAAUGGUGUGAAAAUAAAAUUAUGUAUCAGUUUAGUUAUGUCACACCUUAACGUAAUUUUUCUCAACGGGGUGUGCAUUUUUUAACAAUUAAUAAAUUUAUUUACACAUAAGUUUAAUUUGUGUAAAUGUUAAAGGUGUGCAGUUUUAAUUAACUGGAUGAAUUAAUCUGAAUACUAGUAUAGUUUAUUUAAGAAUAUAAGAAGUGUGCAAAUAACAUCCAAGUAAAGUUUAUUUUCACACCAUUAAUUAUUUAUCGUAAAAUGGUGUGUAUUUAUAAUUUAAUAAAUAUGAAGACUUGUUUUUUUUAAGGGUGUGCAAAUAAAACAAAUUUAAUUAAUUAUAAAGACAAGAAAGUACAGAUCUUUAUAAAAAUUUUUCACCACACCAGUGCCGGAAGUUUAAGUUCCUGCUUUGUUUGAAGGAAAGAAAGUCAAUCUUUGUUUUUUUAUGAGAAAACAAACGAUAAAAAUCAGCGCAUGCGCCAUUCUUUCUACAAACAAAGACAAAUUUUAAACUUUCAGGUACAGAUCUGGUGAAAAAUAGUAUGCACACCACGAUGGAAAGUAGGACGUUCCGAUCCACGUGUUUGCUACCGUAGCCUUCGGCUCGGGUACGCAAUUACACGGAUUGGAGUGUUCUGGUUUCCUCUCUUGGUGUGCAAUCAAAUUCCACUUGAUUUAAAAUUUUUUUCAAAGCAAAAACAAUGAUCAAAUAAAUGAAAAAAAAUUAAAAAAAAAAAAAAAGAAAAAAAAACGAAACAA